UGCUGUGUUCUGGCCUUCGGACGGAUCGCCGUGGACGCCAUGAUCGUUCUCUCCCAGGCUAGGUUCUGCAUCAGCUACCUCAUCUUCAUUGCCAACAGUCUGGCGUACGUUUCCAACAGCUCGCCCUCGAUUCCGAUUUUGGGUUUAACUCCCAAAUCGCUCUACAUCUGGGGUUGCUUUCCAUUUCAACUGGGGUUGAAUUCGAUUCCCACGCUGACUCACUUAGCUCCCUUGAGUAUUUUCGCGGAUGUGGUCAAGAUCGGAGCCAUGGGCGUGGUUAUGGUGGAAGAUGUAUUGAUUUUUCUGAAGCAAAGGCCUGCCCUGUGGGCUUUUGGGGGUUUCUCUGUUUUCUUCUAUGGUCUGGGCGUUGCUGUCUACGCCUUUGAAGGAAUCGGCAUGGUCUUGCCAUUAGAAUCAGAGGCUAAAGACAAAGACAAAUUCGGAAAAGUUCUCGCCCUGUCCAUGGCCUUCAUUUCUGUGAUGUACGGAGGGUUCGACACUUUAGGCUACUUCGCAUUCGGGGAAGAAACCAAAGACAUUAUCACCACCAAUCUGGGACAAGGUCCGCUGAGCAUCAUGGUUCAAUUGGAUCUCUGUGUGAACCUCUUCUUCACUUUUCCUCUCAUGAUGAACCCCGUCUAUGAAGUGAUGGAGAGACGGUUCCGUGAUGGCGCCUACUGCCUCUGGCUGAGAUGGGUGGCGGUGCUGGGGGUGAUCCUGGUGGCUCUGAUGGUCCCCAAUUUCGCAGACUUCUUAUCUCUAGUGGGCAGCAGUGUGUGUUGUGUUCUAGCCUUUGUGUUGCCCUCUUUGUUUCAUCUGAUAGUCUUCAAGGAUCAGUUGAGGAAAGACAUGGCCUUGGAUGUGGCCAUUCUGGUUCUUGGACUGGUUUUUGGAGUCUCUGGAACCUGGUCUUCUCUUUCGGAAAUCGUCUCGCCCAGUGCCUGA